CCAGAGGCUUUUGGGUAACGGUUUACCCCCGCCCCCUGAACCGGGCUCUUCCUUUUGCUUCCCGACGCCACAGAGGUUGCACGCGUGAGGCCUAUCUGCCGCCGCCGAUAUGCGCUACGUCGCCUCCUACUUGUUGGCCGCUCUCGGAGGCAACCCCUCCCCCAGCGCCAAGGACAUCAAGAAGAUCCUGGACAGCGUGGGCAUCGAGGCAGACGAUGACCGGCUUAAUAAGGUCAUCAGUGAGCUGAAUGGGAAAAACAUUGAAGAUGUAAUUGCCCAGGGGAUUGGUAAGCUUGCCAGUGUGCCGGCUGGAGGGGCUGUGACUGUCUCUGUUGCCCCUGGCUCUUCAGCUCCUGCUGCUGGUUCUGCCCCUGCUGCAGCAGAGGAGAAGAAAGAAGAGAAGAAGGAGGAGUCUGAGGAAUCUGAUGAUGACAUGGGAUUUGGCCUGUUUGACUAAACCCCUUCCCCUUUACAAAUAAAGCCUUUUUAUGUAUCAUAA